UUUGAUCUCUUUAUCUGUUAACAGACUUCCCUGUUUUCUUCCUGUUAGGAACAUAAUAUAAUAUCAAAAAACUGUUUUUUGGUGAUAUUUUUUAGGAGUCUUUAUAACUGAUAUGACAUUGUGAGUAUACAGCAACAUUGACACAUCGGUAGAAAGAAUCUCUGAAGUGGUAAUGAAAGCAAUGGAAGUUGAUGAGGACGGGUUCUAGAUUAAAGUAAAAUAUAACAACGCAAAGAGGAAACUUCAUUAAGGAGACAUACCUUCCAGCAGAACGACAUUUACAAAUACUCAGACCAAUUUUAGUAUGGAUGCGCUAAUAGGAAAUUAAUGGGAUAAUAAAAAUACAUAUUGAAUGCUAUCAAAGUCAGUCGCUAGCUGAUAUAUUUCGUAUUUCGAAAAAUGGACGACGAACAAUUUUAUAUAAUUAUUAUCGUAACUAUUGUUGUUACUUGAAUUUAUGAUACGAGCAGCAUUAUUGUAAUUGCUAUCAGAAUCAGAAUCCUUUGGUUUAAAUACGUUCUAUGGUUGUCAACACUGAAAGAUGGCUGAUUGUUUCACAAACUUUGAUUUGUUUUCUUUUGUGAUAUAAACAAAUUAAAGUUAAGAAUCCCUAGAAAGAUAACAUGACAAUAGAACAUACGAAUUUGUCCGUAAUUAGUAUUGAUCAGAGAUUAAAACGGACGUCACAAUACGGAUUUACCGGAAUAAAUACAUUAAAGACAUUCAUUGUCAGCUAGUCUGUAACGUCUUUGUGUUAAGCAUCAACAGGAGCAAUAUAAUUGAUAUGUUACCGGAAAAUAUUCGACCAGAAAAAAUGUAUAAACUUUGUCAUAGACAGCUACUUUGCAUUUUUGAAUUACAGUGAAGAGUGACAACGAAUAUGAAAUUAUUCAACGAAUAACUAUGGCUUAUACCAGGAAAUACUUGGCAACAUAAUUCAAGACCAUUUAUUUCUUUAAACAUUAUAUAUACUGAGAUACUAUUACAUUUCCGAAUAAAAUUGUGUAACAAUUUUAAAACGAUGACAUCAGUCGAACCAAUUUGUUCUAGGACGCCAUUGGAACCUAUGUCAUGGAAUGGGUUUAGAAAUCAACAAACGGAAAUUCAGUAUCAUGUCUUCAAAUGGUUCGUAUACAGAAGACUCUCCAAAUGUCUAAUCUUUGUAGGAAUUGUAUUUAACAUCGUACAGAUUGUAACAUUAAUCAUAUGGGACUCGUCAUCAAUCACAACUAUAACGGUGCUAUGUAUAUGUUUAUUAGUGUUAGUAGCUUUUUAUCUAACAUCAAUGAUAAGACAAAUUCAAGACAAUUAUUGUAAAUAUAUAAUCAUUGGAGUAAUAAUACUCGAGACCACUGAAUUCUACAUCUUUGACAACAAUUAUUGUGAUUAUUGGCCAACGACAUUAGUAUUUCUAAUGUUUGGUUGCCUUCCUCAUCGUUUGAGAUAUCGGGUCAUCUUUGCAGUGACGAUGGUUUUGCCAAAACUUGCCUUUACUAGGGAUAAAUCACAGUACGAGGAACUAAACGGGUCAAUACUACAAAAGAUUAUCUUAUUUUUCCUGCUCACGAUACCAAUAUUUCUGCUAGGAUUUUCCAUGAAUUUACACUUAGAUACAGAUAUGAGAAACUCGUUUUCAGCUCAAAACAUGGCGAAGAAAGAAACAGAAAACUCAGUGAGCAUUUUAAUAGAGCAGGAAAAGACUCUUCUUAACCGAAUGCCAUUUACAUUAGCUUCAAUUCUGCUCCAGGAAAUUAAAUCAGAUGAUAAACAGGACGAAAUCGAAAAGAAAAUGUACACUUGUUGCCUCAAAAACGUUAGUAUUUCAGUGAUUCAGAUUGUGAUAUUGGACGAAUUAUUAGCAACUAACGAAAUGUCAUCAUUCACGGCUUUAAAAGAGAUAUUAGAGUCUAUAGAAAUAUUGUCAAAGAGUUGUAAACAAAGAAUUAUAGGAUCACAUUUGAAUAAAUUUGUGUUAAUAAGUGACGUUUUGGAUUCUGGGUACAUGCCAGUAGAAAUGUCUGUCAAUAUGAGUUUAUCUUUACUCAAUAAAGUACGGCAAGUUUCGAUGAAACAAAGAAUUAAUAUAAAAGUUAGAGCUGGCAUACAUAUAGGAGACAUAUGGAUUGCACUUUUAGGACAGGUCCAUGCAUCCGCUGAUGCUUUUGGUGAAGAUUUGAAUAUUGCAAAAGAAAUACUAGAAACUGGGGAUUAUGGGACAGUCCAGUGUUCUCAGCACAUCAAAAAGUGUAUCGGGUAUCAUUUUCAACUAGAGGAAAAACAAUUUCAGAGUACGGAUAAAUUCCUUUCUAGCCGAUGUAUAAAGUGUUUUGAAGUAACAGGAACUUUAACCGACAUAAGUAAACUUAACGUAAAUGAAAUUCAGCAACCUGAUUUGACACGAUUCUGCAGAAUGAGUUCUAAGAGUAAUGAAGCACACAGAAAAAGAGAACGACGAUGGGGAGAAAUCAAUAUUGGUUCAUUGUUGGCUGUACCAAUAGUUUUAUUUUUUCAGUUAUUGUUGGUCAUUGUUACAAGACAAAUAUUAUUAUCUGAAGCUAUUGUUUUCGCAAUAACAAUAACACUCUUUCUACUAAUUCCAAUCUGCGUGAUUUGGAAGACAAAACGACAGACAGCAUUUCAAAUGUUUAAAAUGACGACAAUGCCAGUAUCAAGCAGAAUAUUUUGCCUGCUAUAUUCUGUGUUUUCAGCUGGCUUACUUUUGCUAUGCAAUGAGGUUUAUAUGGUGGAUAACCUUAACGUGAACUUAGUUCAAAACAUAUCAAACAAUACUGAAGAGUACCUGAUCCAUUUACAGGCAAACAAUACUGUGUUAACACUGCUAAUCAUUUCCCACAUGAUGUUCAACUGCAUCGUCAAUUAUUUUUGUUUAAUAGGAGAUCUUAUAAUUAUCUGGCUCAUUACGAUAACUUCAUAUCAAUAUCAUGGAUACGAAAAUGGACAACACUCUGAGAUUAAAUCACUUAUCAACAUUACAGGAAUAGCAACAUGUUUGCUCUUUUUUCAAAAGAUGCUUGAUAUUAUAUUACAACAGAUAAAAUCUGAUACCAUACGUAUACAGAAACAAAACAGCAUAGUCGUUCAUAUUGAAGUUAAAAUGAAGUCAGUUACAAGAAAACUUGAGCCACCGGAUAUCAUCCGCAAACAGUUGGUAGGAGGCAAAGGUUCAUCUUAUGAGACAUAUUCCAACAUUGGUAUUCUGAUGGUCAGCUAUACAUUACAGACUUCUGUCUGGAGUAUGAACAAUAUUCAUUUACUAGAUACCAUGAUAAGAUCUUUCGAUUCUUUGUUACAAAAGAAAAAGUUUGGAGGUCUAACAAAGAUAAACGGAAACACAUCAACUUACAUUGUUGUAAGUGGCAUGCCUUCAGAAACCAAGAUAGUAACCACACAUGAAUCAUUGAUGUUAUUUGCCAUGGCGAUGCAGGAAGAAAUAAGGAAAUGCCAAACAGAGUAUACUGACAACCCGGCAUUUGAAAUAGGCUUGCACACAGGUCCAGUAGUGGUUGGUAAAUGUAGCGAUUUUGUUGGUAUUUGGGGAGUUUCUGUUGAUAUAUGUAAAGCAAUUUCCUGUUCGAAACAAAACGUACAUUUAAAGGUUUCUGGCGAAUUUGCAAAGUGUAUAGAUGAAAACAAAUAUCAGUUGCAUAAAGGAGAAUCUGUAAUGGUUACCGAUAAAACAUAUAGUGACAUCUUUUUUCAGAAAAGUGGCUAAUCAAGAUAGCGAAUAAAUCAUUUUUAUUUUA